AUGUCGGCUUUUGUGAGCCUGUCACGCUUCUUCACUCCCUCUGGGUCUCACCCUUGCUCCUUGGACUUCCCGGAAUCUGUUAUUGACAGCUUACCGGACUUUGACGUGACAGAGGUGGAGCACAGUCUGUUGACGAUCGAAGACCCAGAAUUCCGUGAGCACCUGCUCUCUUCAGUUGAAGCAGCAUCUCCCGAACAAUUACGCACGCUCGUCCUUCAGCUCGCCGACGAGAUACCUGAACUACGAUGGUCUCUUGUCCAAUCGCUUGACUCCUUGAAGGCAUCGUCAAAGGAGAUUUCGGAAGUCUCACACAUUGACAUGAGGUCUGAUGCGGACUCAACCGAAGCUUCCUUCAACCUGGAGAGUGUGUCAACAGACUCUGGGAGUUGCCCCAGCUGGAAGUCCGCCUGUUCGGUGAUUAAUUGGGACGUCAAUGAUAUCGAGGAUGUCCCUGAGAUCCAAUCAGAGGUGAGCGUGGAUGUCAGAUCGCGUCCACGCUGGGAUAUUUGCGUAAAUUGCGGGCAAAAAUUCGACAUGAACGCGGUGCGUGGGCCGUUCGAAUGCUGCUAUCAUCCAGGGUUCCUUCGAAAAGAUGUUGAACGGCACAAACGGUGCGAUCCCCGGUCGUACCCAGAGGACUUUAUCUGGAGGUGCUGUAACGAAAGCGACCCAGAGGGAUGCGAGACUGGUUACCAUAUACCUGCCGGAAACAUUGGACUGCCGCGGUUGUCUUGAAGGGACUAUUCGCUUUGAACCAUACUGCUUCAUGCUCGCACGCUGUCUAGUGGAACUGAACAAGUCUUUGCCAAGCGGGACGAUAUCAGUCCUAGCUAAGUGCGUGCGCAAGGUUCAAACCUUUAUAGCAUCUUGCGUAGACUCUUCCAAUCCAUCGUUGUCCGUUGGGGAUGACCCUAUGCCUCCUAUCCGUAAAGCGGGGCGCUGGCCCUUACAUUUCCUAUGUAAUUUUUUAGGUCUGCCCCAAUUGGGUGAGGCGUGCCGUGGCAUUAUACAAAGGAGACCACCAUUGUGGGAAGAUACUCGUGGAGGGGAAUCCCCUUGCAGUAAGGACCCUCCAAAUGAUUGCGUACGGAGUAUGUAAGACGUUGAUAAUGGACAGCGCUUGAAUGUGCUCUUAUCUAUUUUACGUUUUAUUUCCCCCUC